AUGCCCGCCAACAGCGCGAAAGAAGCAGAGCGGCCGCCGACCUGGAAGGUGCUCGUCCUCGCGACGCGUCCGAACACGCUCGCGGCGUCCUUCACGCCGGUCCUCGUCGGCUUCGCCGUCGCGUCGCGCGAGCUCGGCGCGCUGGACCCGGCGCCGGCGUUCCGCUUCUGGGUCUUCGCCUGCCUCAUCCAGAUCGGCACGAACCUGCACAACGACUACGCCGACUUCGUCAAGGGCGCGGACACGGACGACCGCGUGGGCCAGGCGCGCGCGACGCAGAAGGGCUGGCUGUCGCCGGGCCAGACCGCGGGCCUGUCGACCGCGGCGCUCGUCGCCGCGGCGUCCAUCGGCGCGUCCCUCGCGAGGCGGCCGGGCUGCGGCGGCUGGAUGACGUUCGUGACGAUCACCAGCGUCUUCAACGCGCUCGCGUACACGGGCGGGCCCUUUCCGCUCGGCUACGUCGGUCUGGGAAACGUCAGCAUCGGCUACUCGGGCCUCGGCGACGUGUUCGUCUUCGCCUACUUCGGCCUCGUCGCGACGCUCGCGCCCUACUACCUCGCGCUCGAGGCGGGGGCGCCGCGCGCGUGCCCGGCCGCGCUCCUCGCGGCCGCCGCCGCCGUCGGCUGCCUCGCGACGGCGAUCAUCGUCGUCAACAACCUGCGGGACCGCCACACGGACGUGCGCGCGGGCAAGCGCACGCUCGCCGUGCGCUUCGGCGGCGCCGCGGCGCGCGCCGAGUACCUCGCGCUGGUCCUGGCGGCCUACGGCGCCGUCGCCGCGUGCGUCGCGCUCCGGGCGGCGCCCGCGGCCUGGCUCCUGCCGCUGCUCUCGGCGCCCCUCGCGGCGAAGACGACGAGGUCCGUCUUCGCCGAGGAGGGCGCGGCGCUCAACGCCUACGUCGGCGGCACCGCGAAGCUCCAGCUCCUCUUCGGGCUCCUGCUCACCGCGGGCGUCUACGCGAGCGGGUAA